UUCAACGUCACUCUCACGCCUGAACUCGUCUUGAGCCCUAGAUCGGGGAAAGAGAAAUAGCAAGAGCCGCCUCAGAUUCUCUCCGCCGUCUCCUCUUCCAUUGGCCAGCAUGGCCUCCCGACGUCUCCUCUCUUCCCUCCUCCGCUCUUCGGCUCGCCGCUCCCCCGCCCCCAGAUCCCCCGCCGCCGCCUGCUCCGCCCCACGGGCCCCCAUGCGCCCUUCCCCUGCUGGUUUCCUCCUCUCCCGCGCCGUUGAGUACGCUACCUCCGCGGCCGCCCCACAGUCCACUCCACCCCCGAGCAAGGCCCCCGCCGGGCCCAGCGGCAAGAUCACGGACGAGUUCACCGGUGCCGGCGCGAUCGGGAAGGUCUGCCAGGUGAUCGGCGCCGUCGUCGACGUCAGGUUCAACGAGGGCCUGCCGCCGAUCCUGACGGCUCUGGAGGUGCUCGACAACCAGAUCCGUCUGGUCCUCGAGGUGGCGCAGCAUCUGGGGGAGAACAUGGUGCGGACCAUCGCCAUGGACGGCACUGAGGGGCUCGUCCGUGGCCAGAGGGUUCUCAACACCGGAUCUCCGAUCACGGUUCCAGUCGGUAGGGCGACUCUUGGGCGCAUCAUGAACGUCAUCGGGGAACCGAUUGAUGAGAAGGGUGACAUAAAAACCAAUCACUUUCUUCCCAUCCACCGUGAGGCGCCAGCAUUUGUUGAACAGGCAACAGAACAGCAGAUUCUUGUUACUGGAAUUAAGGUUGUAGAUCUUCUGGCACCUUAUCAGAGGGGUGGGAAGAUUGGGCUGUUUGGUGGUGCUGGUGUGGGAAAGACUGUACUCAUCAUGGAACUGAUCAAUAAUGUUGCAAAGGCUCAUGGUGGUUUUUCUGUGUUUGCUGGUGUGGGUGAACGUACUCGUGAGGGUAAUGACUUGUACAGGGAAAUGAUUGAGAGUGGUGUCAUCAAGCUUGGAGACAAACAGGGUGAGAGCAAAUGUGCUCUUGUUUAUGGUCAAAUGAAUGAGCCCCCUGGUGCCCGUGCACGUGUUGGGUUGACUGGCCUAACAGUUGCUGAACACUUUCGAGAUGCUGAAGGACAAGAUGUGCUUCUCUUUAUUGAUAACAUUUUUCGGUUCACCCAAGCAAACUCGGAAGUGUCUGCCUUACUUGGUCGUAUUCCAUCUGCUGUUGGUUAUCAACCAACUCUUGCUACUGAUCUUGGAGGACUGCAAGAGCGUAUUACAACAACAAAGAAGGGUUCCAUCACCUCUGUGCAAGCUAUCUAUGUGCCUGCUGAUGAUUUGACAGAUCCUGCACCUGCAACUACUUUUGCUCAUCUUGAUGCUACAACUGUGUUGUCACGACAGAUUUCCGAGCUCGGUAUAUAUCCUGCCGUUGACCCUCUUGAUUCCACGUCAAGAAUGCUUUCUCCACAUGUGCUAGGGGAGGAACACUACAACACUGCUCGUGGUGUUCAGAAAGUUCUUCAAAAUUAUAAGAAUCUUCAAGAUAUUAUUGCAAUUCUAGGAAUGGAUGAGCUCAGUGAAGAUGAUAAGUUGACUGUAGCUCGUGCUCGAAAGAUCCAACGAUUUUUGAGCCAGCCUUUCCAUGUUGCCGAAGUUUUCACUGGUGCACCUGGAAAAUAUGUUGAAUUGAAGGAGAGUGUUAACAGCUUUCAGGGAGUUUUGGAUGGAAAAUAUGAUGACCUACCCGAGCAGUCAUUUUACAUGGUUGGAGGCAUCGAGGAAGUCAUUGCUAAAGCUGAGAAGAUUGCAAAGGAGUCUGCCGCCUGAUUCAAACUCAUCUCCUGCUUUAAUAACGAGAGGGAUGAUACCAAUGCUACUUGCAUCCAAUUAAAGUUCCAUUUUCUUACAUCAUUAGUUUCUCUGUUCAUGAUUUGUUACUGCUGACUGGGGUUGGUUUUGUAGAAGAGCUGGAAUUCUCUGAGGAUGUUUUUGGCCCAAUAAGUUAAUGUGUUGAUCCCUGUCUUUCUUGCCUUAA